AUGGAAAAUAGAAAUAAUGUUACUGAAUUUAUUCUCUUGGGACUUUCUAAGAAUAAGAAAGUCCAAAUCCUGUGCUUUUUAUUUUUCUUACUCUGUUACCUAGCUAUCUGGUUGGGGAAUUUGAUUAUUAUGACUUCUAUCACAUGCAGUCAGCUAAUUAAUCAGCCCAUGUAUUUCUUCCUUAAUUACCUUGCCCUCUCAGACCUCCUUUACACCUCCACUGUGACACCCAAACUAAUGACAGACUUACUGACAGAGAAGAAGGUCAUUUCCUAUAAAAACUGCAUGACACAGCUGUUUACCACACACUUCUUUGGAGGGGUCGAGGUCUUCAUCAUCACCGGGAUGGCCUAUGACCGCUAUGUGGCCAUCUGCAAACCACUCCAUUAUGCCAUCCUCAUGAAUAGGCAAAGAUGUAACUCAAUUCUCAGAGCAUCCUGUGCAGGGGGGUUUCUGCAUUCCCUUGGCUUGUUUCUUCUUACGAUAUUUUUACCAUUCUGUGGCCCCAAUGAAAUAGAUCACUAUUUCUGCGAUGUAUAUCCUUUGUUGAAACUGGCCUGCAUUGAUACGCACAAAAUUGGUUUCUUAGUCCUUGCCAAUUCUGGCCUGAUGGGACUGGUGAUCUUCGUGGUUUUGAUGGCCUCCUACUUUAUGAUAUUAUAUAAUGUGAGAGCAUAUUCUGCAGAAAACCGCCACAAAGCACUUUCCACUUGCAGCUCCCACAUCACAGUAGUGAUCUUGGUUUUUGCACCUGUCAUCUUUGUUUGCAUUAGACCUGCCACAAUUUCAGAAGAUAAAGUAUUUACACGCUUCUACACAAUUAUUGUCCCCAUGCUCAAUCCUCUUAUCGACACAUUUAGAAACACAGAGAUGAAAAAUGCCAUAAGGAAAGUUUGGUGCACUGAAAGAUUUUGGAAAAGGAAGCCAAUGAUUUGA